GUUAUUUUGCCGUACGUCACAUAAAGUCCGUUUGUGACAGAUGAUCUGUCACUGUCAUCGAUGGGAAGCAGGGCAUAACCUCGAAUGUCGUGUUGUGUGAUUGUGUGCUGGAAAACAAUUUCAUUUUUAAGUUUAUUUUAAUUUGUGAUUUUGGAACAGACAUUGUUAAUAAUAACAUUAAAUGUCGUUUCUUUUCUUACAGAGAAACACAAUUGUGUUUGAUUGACUGUGUCACCAAAACCACAGAUAUAUUGGAAAUUGUCUUAUAAAACGACAUUUUUGUCAACAAAAUGGAAAAGUUGAAGUUUACUUUUCAAGUGAAACCAACAACAGACGGAAAGUCAAACUAUAUCGCCAUAACCGCAAUUGUGACUGAAGAUGAAAAAUAUUUCCUUAUUCCUGAAGAAUUCCAAGCUAUUUCACAGCACACAUAUAUUCAAACUUCGAAAACCUUUGUCACAGUGAAAAAUACAUUAAAAAAAAGACAUCAAACUAGAAGUGUUUGGAUAAAAACAACAGAGGAUAUAUUAAAAACAUAUGUUGAUGAGGAUGGCAAUAUGAUUUUUCAGAACCAAUUUCUAGAGGAAACUACCAAAGAACAAUUGACUGUCGUAAGCAAAACGUGUUCAGAAGAUCCUAUAGCCAAAAUUUUAGAGAAAUUAAUAGAAAACCAAGAGAAAAAAGAAAAACAAAGCAUAAAGAAGCUAGCUGACAAGUUUGUAAUUGAAAAAUUUGAUGGAAAGAGUUCAAAUGCAAAUCAGUGGAUGGAAGUAUUUGAAAAAGAAUGUGAAAGGUUCAAUGUAUUAAAAGACGAAGAAAGAAUUGAAAUAGGGCAUAAUGCAGGGCAUAACCUCGAAUGUCGUGUUGUGUGAUUGUGUGCUGGAAAACAAUUUCAUUUUUAAGUUUAUUUUAAUUUGUGAUUUUGGAACAGACAUUGUUAAUAAUAACAUUAAAUGUCGUUUCUUUUCUUACAGAGAAACACAAUUGUGUUUGAUUGACUGUGUCACCAAAACCACAGAUAUAUUGGAAAUUGUCUUAUAUAGAUAUAUAUUUAAAGUACAGACAUUCGAAAAACUAUCAUAAUCGUGUUCAGGAGGUCUCAAAACAUGGGAAAAAUGAUGUGCCCUCCAUUUUUCUUCUAGUCAUGCCUACCGUAAUAGUCUAAUUUUUCCUUGAAAAAUUCGACCAAAAAGAGAUCUCCGAGCCUCAACAUACUUCUGAAGAAAUGACCUGACAUAUAUUAUACAACGCUGGAGGGAUUAUAAGAAAAUAUGUCAUCAAAAAGAAGAUACUUUCCGACACAAUGAUUACCUACCUACAAUUAAUUUCGUAAAUACAAUUUUUUCCAAAAAAAGGUUUCUAUACUUAAGAUAACAUAACAUUCUUUUCUCUUGUUUUUCAUUUAGAUUUUGAAAAAAAGUAGUGCCAAAAAAAGAUUUCUUCGAUCUAUAAAGAUUAAACUUACCUAAAAAUUAUUCUACAAUCAUAACAGUUGAAUACAACUAUAUCCUCAAACUAAUUAUUCUUCUUUCAUUUUUCUAAAAUAACUUAAAAUAAAAUCAAAACUGGGCAUUUUAUGUUUAAUAGAAACAUAUUUCUUACAGUGUACCUCAGACGAUAAUUAAGUAUGAAAUAUCCUCUCUAAGUAGGUGGUAUAAAAUCCUAAAAAGCCUUAAAAGCUUCGGUUAGGAUGGGACAUAUAAAACAAUCAAUUAUUAAUUAACAAUUAGCCUUUCAAACGAAUUUCUUCGACCUAAAUGUUAGCAACAUAUGUACUUGCUCAACAGUGUCAUUUUUUAACAAUUUCAGUCGGCAUCUUCAUAUGUUAUAUUAUCUAGAGUAGGGCCCGAUUGAGAUUUAUAAGGCCCGGGACUAAAAUAAUGCCGGGGCCCCCUUAAGGAAUUCGGAAACCCGGAAAAAUUCACAAAAUAAUAUCAAUACGUUAGAUUUGUGGUAUGAUUUUCAAAUGAUGGGGCUUUCUUUGACCUGGGUCCCGGGGCUAUAGCCCCCCCAAGCCCCUAGCUUAAUCCGGCCCUGAUCUAGAGAAUCACAACCGUGGCGUUGUUACUAGAGAAUCUAACAAAUAUUUGAUGUAUCGUUUAUAACUGUGGUUUCAAUAUGAUAAGGGAGCGUCAAAACCCCGGUCUUAAUUUUAUCGUUAUAUUAACGUGAACCGCUAAAAAUAGAAUACUUGAGAAGAUCCGUACUAGAAGAAAUAUCUUUGUAAUAGACAAUUCUACUAAGAGUUUCUCCUAUAAGCUUUUCAUAUCUAUGUUUUUAUAGUGAUCGGGCUACUAGCGGGCCCGAUAGACGUUGUCCUGUCCCACCGUCUUAAAUGUAAACUUUUGGAAAUUAGCCGUAACAAUUAGACUGUUUUUAUCAGAAACUUAUUUCAAUAUCACAGCUCAGAUAUGUUGAAUGUAGAAGCUGUGUUGAAUAAAAACUUGAAGUCGUACUAAUUGAAGGUGAAAAGGUUGAAUCUUAAACUAUUCUAUAACGGGCAUUUAUUCUUACAGUUAAUUAUUUACUGAAAGACUGAAAUUAUCGUAAUGCCAUUGGAUGGUCACUAGUUCAGACGAUCUGACUACCAUUAUUAUUUAUAAAGAUACUUUGGAAUUGAAAUGUUUUUUCUUUUGUUUUAUUUAGAAAGAAUUCAUUUUCCUUUAUUGUACAAAAAGAUCUCAGUUCACGUCUGGUACCCUGUUUAAACCAAACGCCCUUACAGGCAGACACAUUUUACUCGUCUAUUUACGUUUUAUAAUUUAAUAUUCAGUUGUAACAAACUACCGAGGUACAAUAAUGAUUUUUUUCCAAGUUCUAAGUAGCGCUACAAUUAAGUGCAUCUGUUUAAAUAACGGCGUAUAAUUUCGCCCAAUUUAUAAUGAUUCGAUUGACUUUCUCGAAUAUGGUAGAUCGAAAAAAUAGUCGGCAAUGGUUUUUCAUAAUCUGCAAUUGAUAUUGGAAAAACUAUAGAUAUAUUUUCAUUUUAUAUUAUUAAGCUCCUAUGUCGUUGUUUUUCGAUAUUUAUGCUCUUGACUUUUGCCUAUAUAAUCAAGUCACACAAAACUAGAUACAAUUGUUAUAAUGACAUUUCAGGAAUAAGUAACCCCGAUUCUUCCUACUCCUAAAAGAAGAUUUUAUCGAAUAAUGAAAAUGAAAACGAACUAAAAAUAAUAUCAAUAAAAAUAGAAGAGAGAUGGAAGAUUUUUUGACAAAACAUAAUAGUCUCAAUAUCCGAAAAUUAUCGACGAUAACAGAAGUGGUCAAUUGAGAUGAAAAACCUGCAGAAUUAUUAUAAUCACUAUAUUAUGUUCUGUCCAUCCAAGAAACGGAAUUCUCGAAAAUAUUAUCAUGCAUAGUAGCGACGAUCAGGAAUUUAUUUUCAUUAAAUAAUACAAAAUGCAACUAGUGAACAACCUAUUUUCACUUGUAAAGCUCACGUUUUUCACAUAGAUCCAAAAACAAAAAGAUCUUGGAUGCCAGCUUCUAGUUCUGCUGUCAGCGUUUCAUUUUUUUAUGACUCUUCUAGAAGCUUAUACAGAAUUAUUAGCGUCGAAGGUCAGAAAGCUGUUAUAAACAGUACUGUUACUCAUAAUAUGACUUUCACUAAAACUUCUCAGAAGUUUGGACAAUGGUCUGAUGUAAGAGCUAAUACAGUUUAUGGCUUAGGAUUUUCCUCAGAAGCUGAACUUCAAAAGUUUAUCGACAAAUUCAAUGAAGUAAAAGAAGCAACAAGAACAGCAAUAAGUAAAGCUACUUCCAAUGGAGGAUCUGUUGUUACUCCAGUAACUAGUGCAAAUGCUAGUCCAAUCAGUGCUAGAGCCGCAACAGCUGCUCCAGAUUCAUCAACAGAUAAUUUGUUGGAGCCACCAGGCAAUUCAUUGAUAUCAACUGCCAACACAAAAAUUGAGGAAGACGUUCCUCAUCCUCGUAGUCAUUCAAUUUCUGGUAUUCAAAGUAAUGAAAGUCCUAGUCACCAAGUAAAGAUGGAUAAAGGAACAUAUAAUACAAGUCCUAUUGACACACAAUUAAAAUAUGAAAAUGAUAGGUUGAAGUUGGCACUGGCACAAAGUUCUGCCAACGCGAGAAAAUGGGAAAUAGAACUAGCGACCCUGAAAAGUAAUAACGCCAGGUUAACUAGUGCACUUCAAGAAAGUACGGCUAAUGUAGACGAAUGGAAAAGGCAAUUGGCGAGUCUUAAAGAAGAAAAUAUGAGAAUGAAAGCUAAAUAUCAGACUGAUUUAGAGAAUAGUAAAGGUGGUGGAGAUUUAGCAGAUGAGCUUAGAAAAGAAAUACAAAAUUUAAGGAUUCGAGUAGAACAAUUAGAAUCAGAAUUGGAAAGUAAAAAUAAUGAAAUCAAAAUGAUUUCCACUUCAAAUACAUCGACUGAACUCCAACUAUUACAAAAGGAAAAUCAAGAACUUCAGAGCACAAUCAAUUUGACACAAUCAGAAUUACAAAUCGCCCAAAGCACAUACGAAUCCCAAAAGCACAUUCUUUUGACACUGAAUCAACAACUUGCUUCAAGAAUUCACGAAUUAGCAACCAUUCACGACGAAAUGACAACGGCAUUACAGACAUGAGAGAGAUAACAAUGUAUUAAAGACCGCGUUUAUAUAGCGUACGUAUAAAAUCUGA